AUGCUCCACCCUUUUGCCAUUGGUAUUAAAGUUUGUGGCACAGAUGCCAAGAUUGGAGUCAAGCUGUUUGAUUUGAAGCACAACUACUCAGGCAACACAGAAGAAGAAAAGAGGCAAAGAAGGGUCACUAAGAAGCCUGUCGCUUUUUCUCUUCUCUGUACAGAAUGUGGGCAAUCUAGAAAAUCACAAAUCGUUGGAGGUCAAGAUGCCUCCACAGGAAAAUGGCCCUGGCAAGUCACCAUUCUCCGGAAUUUGCAACCUUAUUGUGGAGCAUCAAUUAUAAGUGACCAAUGGAUACUAUCAGCAGCUCAUUGCUUCUAUAAGUGUUCACCUGGUUAUACAUAUAUGGCCCUGCUGGGCACCCAUCAGCUCUUCAAUCUUUCACAUGGUGCAGUAUUUGCGAGGCUGAAAAAAAUUAUCCUCCACCCAGACUUCAAUGGAAAGAUCGCCUCCCUUGGAGAUAUUGCUUUAAUUCAGCUGGAAACGCCAGUGGAUUUCACCAACUCCAUUAUGCCCAUCUACUUGCCGACAUCCUCUGAAAAAUUAUCCACAAAAACAAAUUGUUGGGUCACUGGAUGGGGAGAAAUUAAAUAUAAAGUACCCUUCUUGAAACCUCCACUAACCCUCCAGGAAGUGAAACUGUCUCUCAUAAACCAGAAGAACUGCAAGCGGAUCUACAACAACUUUAAAGUUAUUGGCCUUGCAAAGGAUGCUAUCAAGGAUGAUAUGAUUUGCGCAGGUUAUCCAAACAGUAGAAAGCAUUCCUGCCAGUGUGACUCAGGAGGCCCCUUGACAUGCCUAGUCCAAGGAAGAUGGACUCAGGUUGGGAUUGUGAGCUGGAGAAUUGGAUGUGCCAGUAAAAUAUACCCUGGCGUCUACACUUCGGUAUCUUACUAUUCUGACUGGAUCAAAGAUGUAAUGGAGGAGAACAUGAAAAACAAAUCCAACUCCAGCAAUUCAAAAUGCUUCCACUCUAGUGGUACCAGCACCCACUCAAAAUGUUUCUAUUCUAGUGGUACCCACUCAAAAUGCAUCCACUCUACCAGCAUCCACUCAAAAUGUUUCUAUUCUAGUGGUACCCACCCAAAAUGCAUCCACUCUAUCAGCACCCAUUCAAAAUGCAUCCACUCUAGUGGUACCAGUACCCUCUCAAAAUGCACCCAAUCUACCAGCACCCACUCAAAAUGUUUCCACUCUAGUGGUAUCCACUCAAAAUGCAUCCACUCUACCAGCACCCAGUCAAAAUGCUUCCACUCUAGUGGUACCAGUACCCACUCAAAAUGCACCCACUCUACCAGCACCCAGUCAAAAUGCUUCCACUCUAGUGGUACCAGUACCCUCUCAAAAUGCACCCAAUCUAUCAACACCCACUCAAAAUGUUUCCACUCUAGUGGUACCAGCACCCACUCAAAAUGCAUCCACUCUACCAGCACCCAGUCAAAAUGCUUCCACUCUAGUGGUACCAGUACCCUCUCAAAAUGCACCCAAUCUACCAACACCCACUCAAAAUGUUUCCACUCUAGUGGUACCAGCACCCACUCAAAAUGCAUCCACUCUACCAGCACCCAGUCAAAAUGCUUCCACUCUAGUGGUACCAGUACCCUCUCAAAAUGCACCCAAUCUACCAGCACCCAUUCAAAAUGCAUCCACUCUACCAGCACCCAGUCAAAAUGCUUCCACUCUAGUGGUACCAGUACCCACUCAAAAUGCAUCCACUCUACCAGCACCCAGUCAAAAUGCUUCCACUCUAGUGGUUUUGACGUGAACGAUCAGUAG